GGUUCAAAUGUUGAGAAGGCAUUUCUUUUUGAUGUAGCUAGCAAAAUAUACAUUGCGACUGACUCUUCACCGGUUGAUGUGGCAACAUAUGAGCUUUGUUGCGACAUGAUUGAUGUAACCAUCGAUAUUUCUUCUAUAUAUGGAUGUACAGGUGGGCGAAGCACAGCAUUUGAUUCUCAGUCAUCAGCGGUUAUUCAUUUACGAACAGAUCAAGUUCUAUUUCUUCGACAAGUAAAUAUGUUCCUUGCUCUUGUUUGUAUAAUACGUUCUGAGAAUUUUGAAAAGCAAGGUCUCAUCGAUUAUAACUUUCAGUGUUUUAAAGAGGCUACUGAACGUGUAUUUCAAAUACGCAAUAGACUGAAACCGAAGAUCGAAAAUUACGAUUCUGCAUCUUAA